AUGCAAUUUGCAGUAAAAACGGAUACAGGUAAACUUCGCGAUAGGAACGAAGACUUAUACUAUUUUGAUACGCAGCUGCAACUGUUUGCUAUCGCCGAUGGUAUGAGUGGACACGAACGCGGCGACAUCGCGAGUCGCAUCGCUCUUGAAGUUAUUCAAGAGUGGGCGGAAACCCAAGCGUCUCCGCAGAGCGACUUAGGCCCCAUGAAACGCCUCGGUGUUCUGAGCGAUCUUGCGGAGGAAGCAAAUCAGCGUAUCUACACUUCCGCCGAGAGUCAAGGCAAAGGUCGCGGCAUGGGUACAACCCUCAUCGCGGGUUUUGUUACUUUUAGUUACCUCGCCUAUGUUCAUGUCGGUGAUAGCAGACUCUAUGUCUUACGCGAUGAAAAACUCACACAGAUAACGACAGAUGACUCCUUCGUUCAAAAAAUGGUCGAAAAAGGUGAAAUAACACCAGAAGAGGGACGCGUCCAUGAAAAACGGAACAUCAUUACACAGGCUAUCGGCUUGCAGUCAGUGGUUACCGUCAAUGCAGACGCAUAUCCGCUUGUCCCCGGUGAUAUUGUCCUCGCCUGUACCGAUGGGUUGCAUGACCUCAUUAUCAACGACCGCGAGAUUGCCGAUAUUCUCUUGUCUGCUUCCGGUAUUGAAGAGGCAUGUGAGAAUCUCGUCAGCAAGGCACUUGAUUAUGGAGGCACCGAUAACGUUACGGUCCUUCUCGUAGCUGUUGAUUAA